AUUUCCCAGGCCUAAAGAUUUUGGAAACUCAGGUUUAGGUUGUUUCAAAAUGAUGAACAACUCAAAAUCAAAACACUCUAAUGGUAAUGACGCUUCAAAAUCCAAACCUCAUGGAAAGCGAAAUAGAACUCAGAAGUCAUCCAAAAAGAAAAAUGCUGAUUCAGACAAUCAAGGCUCAUCUUCGAGGAAACAAGAUGAUGCAGUACCUAGUACUGCUGGUCGUUAUGUCAAUACUUUAGAACAACCGUUGACUCGGCGUCCAUUAAGAAAUACUUCAAAUGAAGACACGGUUGAAAUGGUUUAUGCUGAAUCAAAUCACCAUGUUCCACUGGUGCUCCCCAAAAGGGAAAAGCCAGAUACUCAAAGAAAAUCUUUCCAUCUUGCAAGGGAUCCCCGCAUGACCUCAAAUCCCAUUAUGGAACGUGAUGAUGACAUGGAUGAAGAUAUUUCCAAUGAAGCAUUUCCUCCUGAUCUGACAAAUAACGAAUUAGUGCACACCGAAGAAGUUCUUCAAUCAACCAUUGACAUCAACGUCGAAAAUGUUAAAAAUGAAAUAGAUGAACUUGGAAUUGGAGAAAAUAUCGAUUGGAAAACUCGGUUUUUGAGUGAGGCAAAUACAACCACUGAAGAACCUAGUACUGUUCCAGUAGUACGAAUUAAAUCUGAGCCUAUCGACGAGAACGAUUUUAAUCCAUCUUCCGAACCAAUUGAAGAUGACCGCUGCUCUAUCGACUCUGGUUCUACUGUUGGUCUCCCAUCUCCCGGACGAGCCUCUCCUCCUCCAUCUCCUACUCCAUCACUUAAAAAUGGUGAAGAAAACCAAACAGCGGACGGUAUUCCAGAUGAUAAUGAAACACCCAGAAUCUCUCCUGAGCAGCAGUUGAUCUCAUCGGAACGUAAAGACGACGAAGAAGAAGAUUCAGCUUUGGGAAAUGAUAUUUCACCGCCUGCUACAAAUUCCGCCUAUUAUUCUACACCAACAGACCUUGAAGAAGAAUAUCGAAAGUUGGAAAGGGAGAAGGCUGCAGCAGCGGCAGCAGUCGCCGCUGUCGCUGCGAGGAAGCAAGAUUACUCUCGUGAAAAUACUGACGUCAGUGACAUGUCAAGCGAUGAAGAGAUUCCAAUGCUUACUGGAUGCCACGCGAAUGAAUCUUUGAAUAACAAUGAUGACUUUGGAGAUGAUGACGAUGGUGAGCCACUCUGUGAUUAUACUGAAAGAGAUCCCAGUUGGACCACACCCGAACCUACUGAGGACGUUAGAGCCGGGCAGAAGCGCCCACUUCCUAUUGAUGAAAUAGCAGACAUUAAUGGGACAGCAAAUCUUCCUGCGAAAAAGAGCAAGUUCCAGGUUGUUAAGUUUCCUCAGGAUUCGACUGAUCCUGUGACGUCUGACCCUGUCGACGAUGCUGCUUCCUCGGCUGCCCGCCCACCAUCAAGUUCAAGUAACAGUGAAACACCAACACCCCAGCCUUCUUCCGAAAUGGAGUCGGAGGUUUCGUCCGCUCAGGAUAAAAAUCAAUCGUCCACCCGAUCAAGACUCCCGGUUAAAUUAACGACAACCAACCGAGCUUCAAUGAUGGUGGAAGACUUUCUCAAUUCUGUGAAUAUUACUGCUGCAAAAGUACCUAACAAACGGGCGCAGACUCCGACAAAACUUACUCCGAAGCGGAAGAAACACCUCAGUGGUGAUAGAUCUACUCCACCGCCUUCUUCUGAACCGACUAGCUUUGAUUUUUCGGAUAACGUCCCUGGCAUUCGUGACAUACGUGGAGAUAACCUCCCAAGACAGCCGAAUCGCCUAGCAAUAACAUCAGGUAGUCGAGAUCCACGAUUGAGAAGGGAAAAUGAGGCUUCAUCUUCGUCAAUGAAUCAACCAACUACGCCAUCCGCUGCGAUUUCAAUUUUAAGUCGCGCUCUCAAGAAUAAAAUUCUUAUGCGGGUGCUCAAAUUGUGGCAGUUCAAAUGGAUUGAGCAACAAACUUUCAACAAAGAACCUCCGCCGUUACUUGAUGAAGAUAGAACUUAUCCCUUGGAAAUUCCACAAUUGCCUUGCGUGCCGGUGUUGACCAAGUAUUGUGAUAUGCAAUCCUAUAGGGAUAUCUUUCAUCCCCUUAUGUUGCACGAAAUGUGGUCGACGUUGGUCCUUCAAAAACAAAGGGAUAGAAAGUGUCCCGAAUGGAAAUGCUCGAUUAAAUCAUCGACAAAUGAAGACAAUUUCGUUCUUUUACAGUGCGCUUUGUUGUUAGAGCAUGAGACAGAAGCUCCAGCAGUGAAUGAUUUGGUCGUUUUCACGUUCACUCGUUCUACUGGAGAGUACGUUCACCCGUUCGGCUUUGUGGAAAGUUGCAAAACAACUACAGAGUUCAGACUUGCAGAUUUCGACCGUAGUCUAGUGCCGAAGAACAAAGUUAAUUUUUCGGCCGAAAUCGUAAUUCGUAUCAUUAAGAACUAUGCUGGGAAAAAGGAUAUUAUUUGCACGUUAGCGAAAGUUGCUUCGCUUACCACCUGUAUGGACCUAUUUCACGCCCAAGCGGCCUUUGAUGUUUCACCUUUGCGUAAUGCCAUUCUAUACCCGCGGCCUUCUGCGUUCGAGCUGACUUCCAGUCAUCCACUUUUCAUGAUGGAAUAUUUGGACCAGAUGCAAACGGAUGCUUACCACUCAAUCGGGCAAACCAUGUUAAUCUCGUCAAGUGAGGAACCCAAGAUUGCUAUUCUUCAAGGAUAUCCAGGUACUGGAAAGACGCACGUGAUUGUUUACAUUAUCAAUCAUUUAAUUGGCCACAAGAUGGGCGAUGUUCGAAACAAAGUUCUUUAUUGCGCUCCUACAAACGCAGCCGUCGAUGAAAUGACCCGUCGUUUACUGAAGUUUAAUCAAGGCUCCUCUGAAUUCAAUGUUCUACGAAUGGGAAGCUGGGCCAGGCUUCACCCUGAUGUGAAGGAAGCGACACUGGAAGAUAAGUUAGCCAAAUUACGAUCACGUAUUAAACAUGAAAAUCCUUCUCGCAAGGAACUUCAUCUUCUUAAAGAGAAAUUGGUUCACCUCCAGAGUGAGAAAGAGUCUAUCAUAAAAGAACUUAAUCAAGAUUUCCUCUCACCUCAGCGAAUUAAAGAUUUAGAAGAAAUAUUGAAUGAGAAGAACGGCGAUAUUGAAACGGCCACUGCUAUGUCACAAGACAUCAAAAAACGUCAAGAGGAGGCGAUAGAAAAAAUCAUUGAAGAUGACAAACGUCGAAUCAUUUGUCAGGCGGAUGUGAUUUGUACAACUUUGGAAGCUUGCUGUAGUCCUGAAAUGGAAACCAUUUUCCUCGAUCGAAAGCGCGAUAGUAACGGCCAAAUUCCUAGACCAUUCCUCUGCUGCAUUAUUGAUGACGCUUCACUAUGCACGGAACCUCAAACGUUGAUUCCAUUGGCUUUAGGAAUGAAAAAGCUCAUUCUUGUCGGUGAUGUUGAACUUUCACCAUUUACCCUCAAUUCAUCGGUAGCGAGAGAAUCUCGACUAGAUCAAUCUUUGUUUAGUCGCCUUCACUCUUAUCUGAGUAUUGAAUGCAGCGAAAAUGAGCGCACGAUGUUUUCAUUGAGUACCCAACAUCGGAUGGCUCCUGAAAUCUGUCAGUGGACGUCAAAAUAUUACUAUGGUAAUCGAUUGCUUACGUCCCCCACAUUGCAAUCAAACAGUCCGUUACAUGCGUACAGAGUUUUAGAUGUCCGAGACAGUCUUGAAACUCCGGAUAGAUCAAAUUUUGUCAAUCAACCCGAGGCAGAAGUGAUUCUGAAAAUCCUUGAGUGUAUGCUUUGUUCUCCAAAUAUGGUAGACAGAACUAUAGGAAUUAUUACUUUUUAUGAUCAGCAACGAAUUCUCAUUCGUCAUCUCAUUAGAGAAAGUUUUCCGUCUGACUACACUCGAACUGACGUGAGAUUAGUGCAAGAUUUGCAAGGCACCGAAAUGGAUGUCGUUAUAAUCUCUUGUGUCAAAACCAAAGUCCGGGACAGAGACAGGAAUUUGGCAAUGCUAACCGAUCAUUGGAACGUGGCAUUAACUCGAGCAAUCGAGUCGCUAUUCAUUGUGGGGAACCUUAAAACUCUUCAGACCAAUGAGGUUUUGAAAGAUUUCGUCAUUGACGCUGAUAAACGCCAAGUCAUUUAUCGAGUAUCCAGCAAAUUCCAAAGAAGUAUGUUGUAUGAUAUUCUUCUCAAACCUGUUGACUACGUGCAGUUGUAACUUGUAAGCCGAGAAUGCAGAAGUGAAAAUGAGGAAUAUAAAUUUUGUAAUUCGUA